GGCGAGGACAUCUGCUGCGGCAGAGCCCGGGGCCGCAGCAGCCUCUGCUCCUCUGCUCCUCUGCUCCUCUGCUCCUCUGCUCCUCUGCUCUGCCCCCCAUGGGGCUCUGAGCGCCCCGGCGCACCCAGGGCCGGCCCCCGGCCCCCAGUUCCAGGGCACCAUGGCUCAGGACAUGACCGAGAAGGAGCUGCUGAAGAUGGAGCUGGACCAGCUGAAGAAGGAGGUGAAGAACGAGAGGCAGAUGGUCUCCAAGACGGGCAAGGAGAUCAAGGAGUACAUCGAGUCCAUGGCGGGCGAGGACCCGCUGCUCAAGGGCGUGCCCGAGGACAAGAACCCCUUCAAGGAGAAGGGGGGCUGCACCAUCAGCUGAGCCCCCGACCGCGGGCAGGCCCCGCUGCCCCUCCAGCCAGGACCCAACCCAGCGCAGCGACAGGGCAGCGGGAGCAGAGAGAGAAGAACGGAAAAAAGCAUGAACACAGCAAAACAAAAAAAACGAAAAAAAAUCCCAACCAACCCCAAAGCCCCACCCCCGCCGCAGCUGAGCUUUGGUUUCCCACGAGCAAAAAAAGCAAAACUUCUGCAUUUUCAGCAGCCCGGGCUGCGGGGGGGUGGGGGGACAGCGAGCUGCGGCUCCCGGGAUCGCAGCUCUGCCCCGAAUCCCAAAGACCCCAGAGCUGCUUCCCGGGGGAUUCCAGCUGGCACGGAGGGGAUGCCACCAGAGCUCCGCCAGCUCUGGCUUCUCCUUCGGGAAAACCCCUGGAAAAUCAGCGUGGAGUCCCCCGGAGCCACCCCGAGCACGCAGGGCUGCGGGGCUGCUGCUCCCUUUCGGCUUUUCGGGAUAAACGGGAUCCCCUGCUUGACAGGAAAACCCCCGAGCUCCCGGGGGCAGUGCGGUGGGUUUGCUGUUUGGAGCCGUUUUGCUUUUUUUAAAAAUCCGUCCCCAGGAUUAUUUCCCAUUUCAUCUCGGGGAAAACUCUCCCAAAACUGCCCCAAGACCGUCGGCCCCAAACGAGAGGCAGCAAUAAUUUGAAUUUCGGAGUCCCUCGGGGCGCUCUCCCUCUCCCACUCCUCCUGUUCUCCCAGCCCGGUUAAAUCCCAAGGAAAUCCCUCCUGACACCCCAAAAACGGGAGGAGAAGACAGAAAAAGCGGAUUUUCCUCAAGCAGGGAGCCCCCCUGCAGCCAGCACCCCCUCCCUGCGCUGCCUGGCCCCAAAACCACCCCAAAGCACCCCAAAAUCCAGCUGGUUCUGUUCUUUCUCGCAGACGCUCAAUAAACCCGCCAGCACUGCCACGGCCUCUGGUUCUUGCAGGAAAUACUCUGCAAAUGUAGAAUUUAUGGGCUUUAUUUUCGCUCCAAAGUGGAUUUUAUUUGCCACAGCUGCAGACCUCGGUCCCAAGAGCUGACUGACAUUAUUCUUGUAAUGCUCCAAUACUUUUUUAUUUUUUGCCUUUAAAACACGGGUACACAGUGGGCUGAAUCUUGUUUUUCAGUGGAGUUUUUGGUGGUUCUGCUAGGGAAUUUUUUUGGCAAAUUCUCAUUUUUUUGGAUGGAAUUGGUGGGGGUUUUUUUGUGGGGGGUGAUGGAACUGGAUGUGAGAUGCUCCAUAAUUAAUUCGGGGCGCACCUAAAGGUGCUGCUUUUCUCCUGGCCACUGCUCCAAGACAAUUUCAGGCUAUUUAGGUUAAAAAAAAUUAAAAAUAAUGUAUUCUUGGCCUUGAGGCGAUCGGCUCCUCCGGGGCCUGAGCUGCCCCUAAUCCGGGACGAUAACCGGGCGGCGGCCGGAGGGGAUUGACCCGUUAAUCGACGUUAC